GCUCCCGGGGCGCUUUCCGUGCGCCCACGCGGGCGGGGGCCGAGCCGCGCUUCCUGCGCGAACCCACCUCUCCCCCGGGGCGCCGGCGGUCAGGUGGUUGCCUGCGCGUGGCUGCCGCUCCGCCGGGACCGGCACCCGCUCUCAGGCUCUCCUCGGCGCGGCCCCCUCGACUGCCCUAACCGCACCCUUCCCCCAGCCCGGUCCCGCAGGCGAGGGAGCGCGACUCCCUCCCCAGAUGUUACGGCCCCGCCUGAGUGCCUGGGCCCACCGGUGGCUUUCGGGUGGAACGCGGAGGCCCCCGGGGGAUGCCAGAAGGUGUCCACGUGUUGGCGUGGGCUCAGCCCAAAAUGUAGGCCCUCAGAGCCCCAGCAGAAGCUGUGAAUCAGGCCUGGGCCGCUGAUGGUUUUGGCGAAGUACCCUAAGGUAGCUGGGCCGGCCCCCUCUUUCCCACCUACCUCUUGCCCUUCCCCCCACACCACCACCACCCUGGCUCCCCUCCCUCAUGACCGCCUGGAUCCUCCUUCCUGUCAGCUUGUCAGCAUUCUCUAUCACUGGCCUAUGGACUGUGUAUGCCAUGGCCGUGAUGAACCGCCACGCAUGCCCUGUGGAGAACUGGUCCUACAACGAGUCCUGCUCUCCUGACCCCGCUGAACAAGGGGGCCCCAAGACUUGCUGCACCCUGGAUGAUGUCCCCCUCAUCAGCAAGUGUGGCACAUAUCCCCCAGAGAGCUGCCUCUUCAGCCUCAUUGGCAACAUGGGUGCUUUCAUGGUGGCUCUGAUCUGCCUGCUGCGCUACGGGCAGCUCCUGGAGCAGAGUCGUCAUUCCUGGGUCAACACCACAACACUCAUCACAGGCUGCACCAACGCUGCGGGCCUUGUGGUGGUCGGCAACUUCCAGGUGGAUCAUGCUAAGUCUCUGCACUACAUCGGAACUGGUGUGGCCUUCUCCGCCGGGCUGCUCUUUGUCUGCCUGCACUGUGCCCUCUGCUACCACGGGGCCACCGCCCCCCAGGACCUGGCUAUGGCCUACGUGCGGAUUGUGCUGGCAGCCAUCGCCUUUGUCACCCUGAUCCUCAGUGCGGUCUUCUUUAUGCACGAGAGCUCUCAGCUGCAGCAUGGGGCAGCCCUGUGUGAGUGGGUGUUUGUCAUUGACAUCCUCAUUUUCUACGGCACUUUCAGCUAUGAAUUCGGAGCAGUGUCAUCAGAGACGCUGGUGGCUGCGCUGCAGCCUGCCCCUGGCCGGGCCGCCAAGUCCUCUGGGAGCAGUCGCACCUCCACUCACCUCACCUGUGCCCCCGAAAGCAUCGCCAUGAUCUGAGGUCUGGGGAGGGUGGCCGGGCCAACCUCACCAGCUCCCCACCUCAUAACUUUGCAUUUAUUUUGUACCAAAAAUGGUUUUGAGAAAGUGUUGUCGGGAUAUAGGCUUCCUUGCUGCUGGAGCAGUGGCCAUCCCACACCCACCCGUGCCAUGGAGGAACAGGCCCGGCAGGUGCCUGGGCUGCACACAACCUACUCCCUUACUCUGCACUGUUGUUUUUAUGUUCAAAGGUCACAUAUUCUUAUUUCACCCAGCCAGCCCUUCAGGUGCCUUCUACUCCCCAGUGCCGAAGCCAAACCACUGGGGUUUCCUGCUGCAGGAAUUGGGGGCUGGGAACAGCAAGAAGGAUAGAAUUUGGGGUGGAGGGAUAGGCACUCCUUAGACUGUGGGAAGGCCCACUUUGGGGCCCACUGAGCUGCACUGGGAUUCUUCACUCUGCCCUUUUCUUUCUUUCGGGCAAAUAACACAGCAGAACCAUGUGGGUAUUUUAGUACUUUUAUAUAUAUAUACAUAUAUAUAUAUAUAUAUCUAUAUAUAUAUAUAUAUAUCUAUUAAAAGAAUUCUAAUUUGCA